AUGAACGCCCGACGUCCCAUACAAUCCUCGGUCAACCCUGCUGUGCUCUCCAUCGAUACAUCCACCAAGGGAGACUUUUUCGCUGUAGGCCUCAGUGAUGGUGUUCGUGUCUUUCAGAUCGAUAACUGCUUGACCUCGUUUCAACCAAAAGUCCCACUGAACAACGGUGCUGCGAUCGUGGCACUCCACAACUCACGCUAUCUUGCAUGGGUGCCCAGUCAUAAGUCUGCUCAUAUCGAUGGCCCGAACUCGUUUCAUUUCUGGGAUCUUGUGCUCGGUCGAGAGCUUACACGCUUCAAUCUGUUCGAACCAAUCAAAGGUCUCAGGGUUGAUGCGAAAUUCCUAGCGGUCAUUUUGGAGACCAGGACAAUUGUCUUUCAGCAUCAACUCCUCGAUCGCAAUGCAUUCAACAAAGCUCACGCAAGCGAGCCCGCCAUCGAAUCGGGUAAGGACAUGACGGCUCCUAACAGGCCCCAUUCUCUGCAUGGAACGACAAACAACACAUUCGCUCUUGCUUGCCUACAUGAGAAUCUUCUAGUCUUGCCAGCUCAAAGUCCUGGUCAAGUUCAACUGAUCACACUGAAGCCAGAGAUCGAGUCAAGCACGAAACGUGUUAUCCGAGCACACAAGACAGCUUUGAGAUGCAUGGCGCUCUCUCCUGAUGGUACUCUGCUGGCGACAACAAGUGUCCAAGGUACCCUAGUUCGAGUCUAUCAAUGCUCUACACUAGAUCAGAUCCUAGAGUUUCGGCGAGGCAUGGAAAUGGCUAUAAUUUACAGCAUUGCCUUUAGUCCCGACAACCGAUGGCUAGCAUGUACAAGCGACAAGGGCACCCUGCAUGUAUUUGACCUGCAGCCUGGUUCAGGACCCGUCCUAAAGCCUUCUCCUUUCACUCCCCGUAUUCUGACGGACAUCCGAAGCAAAUCGUCGAUAGAAUUCCACAUGGGCAACGAACCGCCUUACUGGCAGAGCAUCGGAUCAGGCACACCCAGUCUGUAUACAUGGACCGUCGCUCCCGAUGGGACGAGAAAACGGGUCAAGAAGACGAUUCCAUCGUUACCUAAUGACCCGACAGGACGGCCACCGAAAGGCCAUCUCGUCUUUGAAGGAGAAAACAUCAUCUAUGCGAUUGGCGGAGGAAGUGAUCCCCGUUGGGAAAAGUUCGAACUGAGGCCAGUCGUGGUUGAAGGAGGAGAGGUAGUUUGGAAAUUGCAUUAUGUUGGCUUUCGAAAGUACCUUGGGAAGCAGUAUGCGGAGUAG